UAGUGGAUCUGUGUGAAAAGGGCAGGAAAAGAGAGAAAGCUUAGGCUAAUGCGAGAGCUAUACGGAGGAGAAGCAUCGUGCCUCGGGAAAUAGGCUGAACGCAGUAUUUCCAUCGCUUUUUCAGUGGGAAUGCAAUGAGAUACCAAAUCUGGGAGGUACAAAAAAGCAGUAAUAGCGCUUCAGGGGGGAUACCAUGCGGAUGAUUUGACAUUGGUCCAUAUCUACGAAUUUUAAAAGACAAGAAACUUUGCUUUUUGAAAUGGCCGUUCGCAGCAACUCCUUGAUGCCUUUCUCUAUCCAAGCCAUUUUGAACAAAAAAGAGGACAGUCGACACUUGCCAGAUUUGGACAUCUGCUUCUCGAAGACUGCGUGUUGGAAAAUAUUUGGGGAAAUGGAUACUGGUUCGGAGGACUUUCCCGCGGCGUGUAGAAGUGACGAGGGUGCUUGCAUGGCCAGCGACCAGAAAAGUUACGACUCGGAUUCAGGUCUCAGUGAUGACAAUGACAGCAAGACGCUGGCCGUUUGCAAGUCAGAGAAAAACAGGGAUCCUGCUUCAGACGUGCUGGAAGAAAGUUUGCAGGACGAAACGGACCAUGAAUCCACUGCUGUCGAUAACGUAAAAGGUCUUAGUGACUGUGAACCUAAUGUUUCGGAUUCCAACAACCUAGACGAGGCCAGUUGUGAUAAAAGUUCGGAUCAGCCCAAACAGAGGAAAAAACGCUCAAGGGCUGCGUUCUCCCACGCGCAAGUCUUCGAGCUCGAGCGGAGGUUCAAUCACCAAAGAUACCUAUCCGGACCGGAGAGAGCAGACCUGGCCGCCUCCCUGAAGCUGACAGAGACGCAGGUCAAAAUAUGGUUCCAGAACCGCAGAUAUAAAACAAAACGUCGUCAAAUGGCUGCCGACUUGAUGGCCUCGGCCCCUGCAGCAAAGAAAGUGGCUGUGAAAGUGUUAGUUCGGGACGACCAGAGACAGUACAACCCCGGAGAACUACUGCGGCCUCCGCUCCUUGCUCUCCAGCCGUCGUAUUACUACCCCUACGCCUAUUGCCUCCCGGCAUGGACACUCUCUACUUGUGCUGGGAAUCAAUGAGAAUUGAAUAGCCUACUUUGUAUUUAUUUUCCCCCAUCAGGAAAUCGAGGCAUUUGCUUUAUUGACUUUUUAUGAAGAAAUCAGGAGAGAUUAAAUGAACUCAGAACUGCUUAUGUGAGUUAUGUCAAUCAUUUGAACUGCCUCAUGGUGUCUAGACUGAACAUGUCACUUUUCUUGGUAUAGUGAUGACACUAGGCCAUUGUUUCAGAUUGUAUGGAGUGUAAACCUUCCAGAGGGGGCCUACAACAUCUGUGUUCCUAUGUAUACUACGAGCAUUGGAGAUAUCAGAGCCCCAAGCGACAUUUCGAAUAACUCCCUUACUGCUUUUCUUUUCUUGCUGCGGUUGUAGGGUAACGGUAAGAUUUAUUUUCAGCACUUUUCGAAACAUAGAGAUAGAGUGUGGACAUAUAUCCGACUGAAAUAUCGAUUUGAAGGUUUGUUUUGUACUUAUGACCUUAACGUGAACUGUGGCAGAGACAGUAACAAUUGAACUCUUGUUAAAAAUGUACUUAUUUUCUAAUUGUUCUAAAACUGAUUGUUUAUUAAGAGAGAAAUCAAACAUUAAAAACAUAUCAGGCAUAUUA